AACAUUUAUUCACAGUUGCAGGAAAUUGCUUGCAUCAUUAUGAAUCUCUAAUGCACCUGUGUGAAAGUCCUUUGCACAACUCUUUAAUCAGCAAUCAGUCCUCAUCCAUCUAUAGAAGAUGCCACCUCUGUGUUGCUUACUUGCAAGCAUGGAUCAAAGGGGCCAAAGGCACAUAAGGAGAGUAAGAGGGAAAAUCAAAAGUGUGUCUUAAACACCUGCCAUACCAGUGCGUUGUCACAGAUGUCCAUCUUGCAGCUUUGCGUUUGAGAAGAGGAAAUCAAGUCAUCAACUCGUACAAUCCUGACUCGAAUAAGUGACGGACGAUGGAGGAAUGGAUGGAUCCUCCCCUUGACAUUAACCAGGAAAGUGCAGUGAUGCCACUGAAUCAAACAUUGGCCAACGGUUUGGAGUGUGACGGUUUCAUCUACUACCCAAAUUUAGUCCCAGCUCUCUACUUUUUGAUGUUCCCCAUAGCUUUGGUGCUGAAUGGUGUGGCAGCCUGGGUGUCUCUGCACCUCAAGUCCACCUCCACCUUUGUGGUGUACCUGAAAAAUCUAGUAGCUGCUGAUGUUAUCAUGACCUUGAUCAUCCCAAUCAAUGCUGCAAGCGACUUGCCCACUGCGUCAAAAUUAUUAUUUGUACUUUCAUGCCGUUUUUUCAGUGUCAUUUUCUACAGUACACUGUACACAUGUAUCACCCUGUUGGGGUUAAUAAGUCUCGACCGUUUCUUCAAGAUCGUGGCACCCCGCAUCAAGUUUGGUCAGAAUCUGACCUUUAGCAAACUGAUAUCAGGCUCAGUCUGGGUAAUAAUGUUUGGAGGCACAGCUUUACCAAAUAUCAUGUUUAGUAACAAAUCAGUAGGCAAUUUGACCAAGAUCACCUCUUGUAUGACGCUGAAAGAACCAGCUGGGCUUGAACUCCAUCAAAGAACAGUAAUAUACCUGAAUGUUUUGUUCUGGCUUGUCAGCGUGGUCAUUGCGGUUUGCUACAUUUGCAUCACAAACAAGGUUAUCCAGUCUUUUAGAAACUCUGGCAGCAAUAACAACCAGGGGAAGCAGAAGAUCAAACUACGUGUCUUUCUUGUUGUCGUGGUGUUUUUUGUGUCAUUCGGACCGUACCACAUUGUGAGGAUCCCGUACACUUUUCAACAAGUCAACUACGUUCCAACGGGCUGCGCUUACUUAAAGGGCAGGUUUACUAAGGAACUCAGUCUCUGGUUUGCCACCACAAACAUCUGCAUGAACCCACUCCUCUAUGUCUUUCUGUGUAGGGAGUUCAAGGAGAAGCUGGUGUCUAUGAUGAAAAAUGUUUCCCUCUUAUGCCGAGUAGCCUCAGCAGGGAAAGCAGAGGGCACAGAGUAGAUUCUGAAAGAGGUCAUGAAAAUGCUAUACCACGGCUAGAUGUUACUGAAGAUUUUGCAGACUGAAUGUCAGAUUAUUGUUUGACUUAUACAGCAUUAUAUAUUAAGAUUUUGCUAUUUACUGCAGUUACUUUUUACUUUGUGUUGUGUUCAGUUGUGCUUUGCUGCUUUGUGUCUUGUCAGAGCGUCGCUCCAAAUAACUUGAAAACCAUUAACAGGAAAUACAAUAAGGAUGGCUGAGAUAAACAGGAGACAAGGGGGUGAUGUUAUAAUGCAGUUUUUCCAUGUCAACAAAACAGUUUUAUAGCAGCUCUGGAAGUUCAAAAUCCAAAGACAAAUACAGUUCUAGGUGUGGGACUGUAAAUGAAGGUGCCAUGCAAAGCAAGUUAAGUUAAAGCGAAAGCUGACAUUUGCAUCGCACACUUCAUGUACUGUGUUUGUGGUAACAGUCAAACUGGGUCAUGUCUUUAAUAGGGUGUUGCACAUGUGCAAUGUUGCAAUGUGUCUAUAAGCCAAUGUGAUCAUUUUGUAGCAUGCCACUCUGCACUCACCAUGGAUAGUUAAUGCAAAUAAUAAAAAGAUGUGGGCUAAAAGGA